AUGAGCCGUUGCUCCUCUGACCUCGCAGCUCGGGCUGAAGCUGAAGGUCAAGCUCACUCUACGCUCGCAGCUUCUCCUCGGUGCGCCUCCGCCUCCGCUUCACGCUCCACCCUGCCAAGCGGAUUUGAGCGCAGCAUUCACAAGCUGCAUAUCCGUCCGCCUGCACCAACUUCCCUAUCCCACGUUCGUCCGACCCACGGCGAUGAUGAUGAUGCUCGAUCUGAUCUGUUCGCAAAGGGACAAGGUGGCGCCAUCUCUGACGAGGUGAGACGUGCCUUUGAGCGGACGUAUACUGUUUGGGCACUCGAGGUGUUGGCGAAGGAUAGCGCGAGGAUAGCUAGGAGCGAGAGCGUCGCUGCGUUCGCACUCAGGGAAAAGGGAAUCAAGACGAUCAUACCUUGUCCUCAUACCGAGAUGGCCACGCAGCAAGAAGGGGAAAAGGAAAUACAAGCGCAACAAGAACAAAGACGACUAGUUCUGCUUUCCAUGCUCGUAGACUCAGACUCCGACCCCAAGUGCGACGCCGACUCGUCAUCGUCAAGGCAACCAGAGGACGUUCCGACCUCGUCCUCAUUCUCGCAAGCGCCCAGCUCCCACCUUACCUCUCCCAAUCAACCACAAUCCUUCACGAAGCAGCAGAUGGACGCGCUUCACGACUUCGUGCGCAGCACGCCCAACGUGCGGCUGACGAAGCACGAGCUGGAGAUUACGUACGACUAUUGGUCCGCCGAUCAGGUGCUCGCGACGCUGUUACCGCGAGAAUUACCAGAGGGUACUCCGACGGCAUUUACUGCUGUAGGACACAUCGCGCAUUUGAAUCUGAGAGAAGAGUACCUGCCUUAUAGGUACAUCAUUGGACAAGCUAUUCUCGAUAAGAACAAUGGGAUCAGAACGGUGGUGAAUAAGCUGGAUACCAUCGAUACUCAGUUCAGAUUCUUUCAGAUGGAACUUAUUGCGGGGAUGGAGGACUACAUCGUCACAGCGACGGAACAAUCGUGCGAUUUCACCUUUGACUUUCGAACAGUGUACUGGAACUCUCGUCUGCAUUCGGAGCAUGCACGAAUUGUGGGACUGAUGAAGCCUUGGGAAGUGCUCUGCGAUGUCAUGGCGGGUGUAGGACCCUUUUCGAUCCCAGCAGCCAAAAAGGGCGUCUACGUCCUGUGCAACGAUCUGAAUCCCGCUUCGUACGAAUCGCUGUGCGCCAAUGUCAAGAGGAACAGGGUGGAGGGGCAGGAGGGCAAGAGGAUCAGAGUGGAGAAUGUGGAUGGGAGAGAUUUCGUGAGGCAGAGUGUGGAGAGGCUUUGGAACGAAGCUUUUGAAGGCGCACCGAUCAGAGAAAAAGAUAGAAGGAUGUUGCUUCAGAGUCCAAAUGCUGCGGCAAAGGCUGCUAGAUCCGCUCGCAACGCCGCCGCCGCCGCCGCCGCCGCCGCCUUGCCCUCCUCCUCCUCAGGCGCACAACAACCCUCCAACACUGACAAUCUAGCAACAACACUUGAUAUCCCACGCUCCUCACCCCGACGAAUGGUAGAUCACUACGUGCUCAAUCUGCCCAGCAUCGCUUUGGAAUUCUUGGACGCGUUCAGAGGCGCUUGGGUAGGCUUGAAAAGGCGUAUUGGACAAGAGGAGAUGCAAAGGUAUUUGGACCAGAAGGAAGGCGAGGGAGGGAGGAGAUUGCCGAGGGUCCAUGUGCAUUGCUUCACCAAGGAUUUGCAAAGACCUUUUGAGGAUAUCGUGAUGCGCGCUAAUCAUGCUUUGGGUCUCGAGGAUCAUCAUCGUCUAAUUGCUCCGCCUAAUCCUUCGCCCGACGCGCGUCGUUCCACAACCAAUCGUUCUACCACAGACAUCGCCGCAACGCCGUCCCAAGCUCAGCUGCAGCAGCACUUCUCAGCGUCGCAGCCGAUCAAGCUGGAGACGACAACGCAAAAUAAAGCUACGGCUACGCCUACGGCUAUCGCUACGCCAGGCUUGUCUCUACACUUUGUUAGGAGCGUAGCGCCGAACAAGGACAUGUACUGCUUAUCUUUUGACCUGACAGAACAGAUCCUCCUCGAUGAUUCACACUGUUGUUCCAGAGCGUAA